AUGACAAGUUUAAAUAAUUCAAUUAAUGAUAUUGAUCAUCAUGAUGGAGCGACACCAAAAACACAACCAAUCAAAUAUGAAAAACCAGCAGCUCAUCCAAUUCAAGUAGCUCAUCAAGGUCCAUACAUCCAACCUCCUCCACCACCAAUGAUGGACCAACAAUUUGAUAAUAAUUUCCUAUACCAACAAUUCAAACUACUAGAAGCAAGCAAGAUUGUAAGAACUGAACAAAAAUCAAAAAUAGAUAAAAAAAAUGCAAUCCUAAUGUUUUGUUUUGGAUGGAUAUUUUUCCCAUUGUGGGUUGGUGGGUUCGCAUUUCUACGUUCACCAUCCAAAGUAGCUCGUGAUUUGGGUAUUUCUGCAUUAGUCUUUUUCGCAUGCAUUUCAAUUGCAGUGAUCAUUGGUGUAUUCGUUAAUUUUGAUCAUUUUAUCAGUGGUAACAAUUUAAAUGGUCUCAGUUACACAUAA